AUGACAGAAACUGUUAAACUUGGUGGUUUUUAUUUUCUUCGACUUCGAACUACUCAUAAUGCUGAAUUUAACGCUAAAAAGCAGUCCGCUUACUCUUUUGAUGUCCAGGCUGUGUUCCAAUCGCAACAAGUCAGUAAAAACUCACCAAUACAUCUCUUUAAUACGACUCACAUUACUAUUCGACUCAUUGACCGAAAUGACAACUGUCCCUUUUUCUCCCAAGAUGUAUUUCAUCUGACGGCAUUUGAAAAUGCGACAUUGUUUACAAAAAUUGGUUCAAUUUCCGCUACAGAUGCAGACCAAGGAAUUAAUGGUCAAAUCUACUAUUUCCUUCAACCAGAACGUGUAACGGUCCCAUUUCGUAUCGAUCCACGUUCUGGAAACAUUUUUCCUACAAAAAGUCUCGCAAUCAAACGUAGUCGGUCUACAAGCAUAGAUCAGAUAACUUAUUUGUCCAUGUUUGAGGGUCUUGAGGAGUACACCUUUAAAGUGCUCGCUAGACAUCGGGGUAAUUUGAGUCACAUCUCGUGCGAAUUUGUCAGUCAUGCUCAAGUGCACAUUAAAAUACGUCCAGUCCGAUCGGUUAGUCCUCAAAUUUUCGUUAACUCGAUUGCGGAUAUCCACAAUCCUGGUGCUGCAGGAACAGUCUACGCAACUAUUACUGUAACGUCUUUUGGUGACCCCCAAAAUACACAACUGUCAAUAAUCGAACCCGAGGCGGCAGCCUUCUUCGAGCUCGUACGAGUUGGACAGCAACGGGAAUGGUUACUUAGACUAAAGUCCCAAUUUCCUAUGCUUUCAUUGAAUUCACGAAUCGGGGUCACUCUCGAGGCUGUUGACACCGAAUCCGCUUCUUCAAAGAACAUUCCAUCUACUAGCCGGCAUUUCCUGGAUGUGGCACUUCUUCCACGUUCCGUAUUUCACAUUCAUCUACCUCAAGAGAUCCAAAUUUUUGUCAGUGAAGUCGCCCUUGUCAACUCCACAGUCUACAUCAUCAAUCCGCGUCUCGACUUUUAUGUUCACAAUUCGAGUUUUCUUUUCUCUCUCUCAACAAGGAACGAUGAUCUGCCUUUCAACAUAACGGAAACGGGGGCGGUUGUUGUGACUAAGCCUAUUGAUUUGGAGGCUCUCGGUACUGACCGGUUCGAGAUAGCAUUUACAGUUGCAGAUCGUAACAACAUUCUUUUGAGCAGUAUGAUUGAUUCAAAGUUAGUAAUAGUUGUCCUUGACUAUAAUGAGCAUGACCCUGUAAUUUCCAACAGUGGUGCUGAGCGGUCUAUUUUAGAGUCUGUUCCCAUUGGAAGUGAGGUCUUACAAAUCGAUGCUCAUGAUCCGGACUUCUCGGCCACACGAAUUUCCUUUGCUCUCUUUGAUGAAGAUAAGCUUCCGUUUAAUUUUUCUACGACAAGGCCGGGUUCAUUGCUCUUAAAGGCACCUCUUGAUGCGGAAACAAUGCCAGCCGAAUUUCAUGUUAAAGUAAGAGUAUCUGACUCGGGUUUGCCUUUUCCAAGAAGUGUAAUAGUUAUCUAUGUCAUACGAAUUCUUGACGUGAAUGAGUUUAGUCCCGUAUUUGUGGAAAAGUCGUGCGAUGCUCAAUUGGCUGUCACGCCUCACGGACAGGUUCAAGCCUUGACGCCGUCAGGUCUGGAACUAGGACGCUUCUUUGCAGAGGAUCUUGAUCGAGAAGGCGGUGUUGCUGUACGAAUUCAUCUAUCUUCUACGACUUUAUCGAGACCGUGUUUUAAGAUCGAUUCAGACACUGGACGGUUGGUUCUUAUUUGCUCCAAUAUUGGUCUUCCGGAAAGCACGGUGAGUGUCUAUCUCGAAGCUACCGAUGGAAGUCGCACAUCCGAACAACCUUUUGAGUUGAAAAUCAAUCUGGAGAAGGCGAGCUAUGGACGAAUUUAUUCCAAAUCUUGUCAACCCUCAGGUAUUUACGAGAAGAUGCAGCAGCAAAAACAAAGGAGGACCGAUUAUGAGAAUCUUUUGACCGAUUUGACAAGCAUUGAUAGCUUCUUCAGAAAAAACGAUGAGGUUGCCACACCAAUUUUGGCCAUUCCAUCUGUUAUCAAAAUCCCCGAAAAUCUGCCAGUUGGGACACGGGUUCUUAGCUUUACUGCAAAAUUCGUCGACACUUUUAAAGGAACUAGGAUUCCCCAAAUAAUUUAUGGUAUCGAAUGUAAGGAAACGUUACUGGCCACCAACGACACGAUGAUACCUCCCUAUCAGCCAUUCCUUCUGCGCGGAAUAUCGACAUCUGCUGCGUCUGUUGAUGAGGAGAUGGUUAUUGAGGUCGCAGCGCCUAUCGAUCGUGAAACAUUUUCAGCCUUUCUGUACACUAUUCGUGCCUGCGUUCUGCAGGAUUCUGUUGGACCUUGUGUCUCUAGUUCCAUUUCAAUCCUUGUUGAAGACUUGCUUGACGUGCCCCCGCGUUUUGUUAUGGAUGCGACAAAAGCGAGCAUACAUACCUUCUCUGUCUCAGAAAAUGAAGUUGAAGGGUCAGUAAUCGGUCAAGUGAUGGCUGUAGAUGGUGAUAAGGAGAGCAAGUUGCGUUUCUCGUUGGGAAAUUUCAAGGACUACUUCAAGAUUCACCAUCGAACGGGCCGUAUUAGUCUAAAACAAGGACUUGAUCGUGAGCUACUUGAUUCCUACUUGGUGACUGUCAAAGUCACUGACAAUCUAGAUCCUCCAUUAUUCAGCUCGCCGUCCGAACUCUACGCUAUGGCGUUGAAUGCAACUCCUGAUUGGGCUCUAGAUCGCACUGCAACUACCUACGUCCGAGUCAAUGUCCUCGACACAAAUGACAACAGUCCCGAGUUUGUAGAUACUUACGAUGACCUUGUUAUCCCUUCCGAUCUCCCCACUGGCGCCUAUGUAACAACCUUGCGGGCAAGGGAUGCUGAUGACGGCAACAAUGCGCUCCUACAAUACAGCCUCUUCGGAUCCGAGGCCGAUAAGUUGUGCUUCGACUGCAAUCUCGCCACCGGAGUGGUUCGUAUUUCCUCCGAGUGCGAGGCUCUGCAUCCCGGGCGCACUCACUCACUGACCGCGUGGGUUCGCGAUCUCGGCACGCCCGAGUCCAAACAAACCAGCACUGAGUUCAAGGUAACCAUUUUGGGCUUGAGGGUGAAUGCCUACCCUCCAAGGUUUGAUGCCUCCAGCGGACUCUACGAAGGAAGACUACGAGAAGGUGCUCCCAUAGGAAGUCGAGUAACUCAAUUGGAUGGUGUUCAACCGUUACGUAUUUAUGCCACCGAUCCUGAGGGUUUGCCUGUAGUCUACACGACUGCUGGUGGUAGUGGACUUGGGACAUUCACUGUAACUUCUGAUGGUUUCAUCGUGUCAACACGGGAAAUUGACGCCGAAAGUGCUCCCUUCCCUGUUGGAUAUUGGUUGGAGGUUUACGCCGAAGAAGACCAAUCUUCAGACUUGGCUGUUGUUGCCACCGAUGGGACUCCGCCCAGGCGCGCGGUCGCCGAAGUUUUUAUACAGAUAGAUGAUGAAAAUGACAACCGGCCAAUGCCAACUGCUCCGGAGUACCGAUUCCACGUGACUGAGGGCACUCCUCCUCACACAAUUGUAGCUACGGUGACCGGCGAGGACAAGGAUGCCACGGGGCAUCAACUUCAUCACGCCAUUUUUAGUGGGGAUCCUAAUGGCCACUUCAUCAUCAAUCCAUCUACGGGUGUGCUUUUCUUACGUUGUUAUCCUAUUUACUUUUACUUUUUUUAA